AUGGCAUGGGGUCCGCCCUCCCGAAUUCUCCGUCCGUGUCUCGGCGCUGGAUGGCUCUCUUCCUACAGCCCGGUACUUGUACUAUGUAGUACUUUAGAAGUACAGUACCUUCGAUAUCAACAGCGGCUGGGCUGGGGCAAUGCAUUCGUGCGUGUGUCUGAGCCGCACGUGGCUCGGCGGUACUAUCGCUGCCCUCCUCCCCUGCCCCCCGGAUGCCUCGCCCGUCCGUCUUGGUCCAGCCAGCCACGGGACAAGAGACCUGCCGGCGCAGCCUUGCCGCCGCCGUGUCGAGCGCCGUACGAAGCAUCGCCUGCUUCUCGGAUGUAUGCGCGUAGACACGACACCGUAGAUCCGAACUGA